GCACGGAGCAUUGUUUUAUUUUUAUUUAUCUACCUUAACUCCUGGAUACUCCCUCCAAUUCAUCCUUCAAUUACCAGGGUACAGUCAGAAAUGUCCUUCAAAGGCAUCUGCAACUGCGGAAACAUCCAGGUCUCGCUGGACCAGCAGCCAGAGGUUACUUUAAUUUGCCAUUGCCGCAAUUGUACCAAGGCUGGUGGUGGUCCCUUCUCGAUAAACUAUGCCGUCGAAGACUCCACCGCCAACAUCAAUGAUCCGCACGCAAGUUUAAAGAUCUACGAGGAUGCAAACACGGAUAGUGGGAAUCGCAUUCAGCGCCAAUUCUGCGGAAACUGCGGUAGCCCUAUCCUAAGCAAAAGCCCCAAGUAUCCCAGGAUGUCGAUUUUCAAGGCCAUGUUGUUUGAGGAACUGUCGCCGCCUAGUAUGGAGGUUUUUACGGGGUCGAGAGUUGGUUUUUUGGAGCCAAUUGAAGGGGCGGAGCAGGGUUGA